GACAAUUUAAUUUUUAUAUGAUCAAAAGUUGAAGACUUACGCGUGAAACAAACAAACAGCUAGAACACAAAAUGAACUGAAUCCAUUCUUUGCUAUCUUGUAAAGUAAAUUGCUAAUGGCUCUGCCAUAGUCAUCAAAAUUGAAAUUUUCAGGCCUUACAAAUUGUUAAAAGUCAUGCCAAUGAACCGUGGCCAAGGCAAACCCAAAAGGUGGUACCAGCUAUGCUUUGCUCCCACUAGUGAUAGUUCAGAUGAUUCAGACACAGAAUCUGUAGUCCUACCUCCCAAUAGUACUAUAACUAGUACAUGGCAAGAAAUUUCUCCACCAGAGUCGACACCGCCACCAUCACCACCACUACCACUGCCGCCACCGCCACCACCACCACCAAACUUUGAACUACUACUGCCACCGCCUCCCCCACCACAGUUAAAUUUUGAACAACCACUGCGGAUGGCAGGGGCACAGCUACGGUUAUUUUAUCCAUCACCAAACUUGGAACUACCACCACCACCAUCGCGGCCAUCUCCGGGGGCCUGGGAUAUAGCAUUUGACAUUGAAUCACUGUCUAGUAUAUCUCCUAGUCCCAGCCGCCAAAGAUUUGAGGUUCAAGACAGUGUCAUGGUUCAAGACAGUGUCAUCAAUGCCAUUCACAAGGUGAGAAUCUCAGAGUUGCAUAGGAGAGGUGAAAUGUCUCACUGCCCCAUUUGCAUGGAGGAGGUCAAAGUUGGUGACCAAGCAUGUUUAUUACCCUGCACACACUUCUACUGUUCUGAAUGCAUUCUUCAAAGGCUUAGGCUUAGCAACAACAAAACCUGUCCCGUUUGCAGGCUUCAGUUGGAGGGUUGGGAAGAUCAUGGUAAUUCUCAUAGCAUAGAUGAAACAGCUUCAGCUUGGGACUUCUUUGGACAUCAAAACUUACCACCACCAUCACCACCACUAGUAAUUGGUGUUGAUCAAGAUUGGGACUACUUUUUAUAUUCCUCCCCUGAUUCAUCAGUAACAGAGAAUAAUAGUGCUGGUAGAAACUCGGAUGAAGCUGAUCAUUAUGAUAGUGCAUGUGAGGAGCUAGGUGACAAUAGUUUGGACCUUGGACCUGAAAACUCAUCACCGCCACCACCACCACCAGUAAUCCCUCGUCAUGCAAGUUCAUUCAGCUGGGAAAACUUUUAUCCAUCCUCUCCGGAAUCGGAUACAGCAGCUACAUAGAUGGUGAAAUUGUUGGUGUUUCCCAAAGUGUUAGUGGUUCACAAAUUUAUCUGCUAGUGUAGUGAAUUUAUUGGUGUUUCUGGAAUGGUAUUAUACCUGACUUGUGUAACUUGGGUUGAUUGUAAAUUUGCAUGAGCAUCAUAUCAUAGUUAUAUGUCUCUGGUUCUUCUGGUUUAGACCAUGUAUAUAAGUAAUGUCCUGUUUCUUAUAAUGAGAUUGCUCAAUUCUGAUGUGAAUUAAUUAGGAAUAUAACACAAAUUUGGGU